GGGGGCGGGUAAGGGCGGGGAGGCUGGGGUGUGGAAAGUGUGGCGGCCCCGCCCCGGCUCUUGGAACUGCCGCGGCCGCCAGCGCCGCCGCCGCCGGCGCCGCAGCUGUGGGGGACCUGCGCGGGUGCGCAGGCGAAAGGCGCUCGUAGCCAGCUGAAAGUUCACACAGAAAAACUACCACCUCCCCAACCCACCAUGGCGGACGAAAUUGAUUUCACUACUGGAGAUGCUGGGGCUUCCAGCACUUACCCUAUGCAGUGCUCGGCCUUGCGCAAAAACGGCUUUGUGGUGCUCAAAGGACGACCAUGCAAAAUAGUGGAGAUGUCAACUUCCAAAACUGGAAAGCAUGGUCAUGCCAAGGUUCACCUUGUUGGAAUUGAUAUUUUCACGGGCAAAAAAUAUGAAGAUAUUUGUCCUUCUACUCACAACAUGGAUGUUCCAAAUAUUAAGAGAAAUGAUUACCAACUGAUAUGCAUUCAAGAUGGUUACCUUUCCCUGCUGACAGAAACUGGUGAAGUUCGUGAGGAUCUUAAACUGCCAGAAGGUGAACUAGGCAAAGAAAUAGAAGGAAAAUACAAUGCAGGUGAAGAUGUACAGGUGUCUGUCAUGUGUGCAAUGAGUGAAGAAUAUGCUGUAGCCAUAAAACCCUGCAAAUAAAUGGGAACAUCAAGCAUGAACACCGUUUAGAACAUUUUAUUUGUACUGUGAGGAUUUUGUUACACCUUAUUUGCUGCAGCAGAGAUCAUCUCAUUGCUACUGUGAGCAUUCGCAUCAUAAACGAUUAUGAUUCUUGAUUCUUUCCGUGCUCCCUUCCAAGGGCUGUCAGUCAAUUGAAGAAAUUGUUGCCCUCUUUCCCUUAAUGAUACAAAUCUCCCAGUGCUUUCUGUUAAUUACCAGAACUCUCCUGCAGUUAGAGCAUAAUAGGAGACACUGCAGUAAAAUGAUUAGGCUGUAAAAUUGGAGACACAACUUUUUAUUACAACACAGUUUGCGUGUGCACAUGUGCACAUAUAGCUUUGUAUGUUCUUUUUUCCAAAGUACCAGCUCUUAAAAGUACUGUAGUCUGGUAGUGCCUCGACUGUUGGUAACUUUUUUUUUAAUUUACAACUUUUGCAGAACUUGUUUUUGUACUUUAAGGUUUCUCAAUUCGAUUAUUUCUAGUUGAGCUGUAAAUUUGAAUGCAUUGUUCUCAGGACUGUUUGUGCUAAGAGUUGAAAUUACAUUAUUUCAAAGCUAAUUGCCUGAAAAUAUAUUGCAAAAUUUUCCCAAAUUGUAAUACCAUGAUACAUGCAUAUAAAAAAAAUCCUUAAUGUCAGCACACUUAAACUACGUGCUAAAUAAUCAAAAAAAAAAAAAAAAUGGAAACAGUAGCAUCCAGACUGGAAUCUUGCCGUAUUUUUUUCAUUUUAGAAUAGAAUCCGGCAGUCCCAUCUUAGAAUCCUGUCCUUAGGAUAUAUCUGAAAGCAUUCCUUUGGCAUGGACCCCAAAGACAGUUUUGGAGCCAGCCAUUAAUGUAGAAGUUCACCAAACAUAUUUAGGGAUAAUAGAUAAAUUAAUAAUGCUCUUUUGGGUACAUUGAAAUGUUUACAUGGGAAUUCUAUAAUAUGAACUAGGAACACAUUUACUAUGGGAAAAUAUGGCUCUUAAGCAGUGUAAGAGUGGAAAUAUAAGCAUAUUUCCAUGAACAGUAUAUCAUACUGAUCAGCAGUUCUCAUUUUAAUGUCAUUUUGCCAUAAUACUUCAUAGUUUUCAAGGCUUCUUUCUGCUAGCAUUCAGACAAGUCAACAAAGAUUUAAGAAAAACGUAUGGUGGAAAACCUUAAAAAUGAAGACAAUUCAAUCUAUUAAAUUUUUUUUCUCUGAAUUGGGUGUAUGGCAUCAGUAAUUGAUUUUGGCAGGGAAUAUAUGGAUUUCGCUUAUGAAACAUGGAUGUUCUAUGGAAACAUGGCUUGAAGCCAAUAUGUAAUUUAAUGUUUUUCCAUUAAACAAACAUCUGAACACCAACUUAGCUACCAAGUGAGGUCAAGUGCCUGAAAAGUGUUGUAUACAUCUAAGAAGCAUGUUUUCUUUCUGUAAAAGAUGCAUCUUAUAGUAAUGCAUACCAGGAUUUCACCUGCUAGAAACAUACUUGUUGGCAAACUUUGCCAUCAGCACUAUUCCCCUCCUUAGAGCAGGUAGAAACCUAUUUUACAAAUAAAAGAGACAGGUUAUUCUAUUUAUAUGAAGUCCCUAAAACUAUUUCUUGGUAUUGGUAGACUUAAGUUUAUCUUAUUUCAAGAUUGCACUUUUUAAAGAACUCUGGACUAUUUUCAUUAGUGACUGAACAGCUUGUCACAAGUCACUGUUUGGAUCUUUUCUGAGGAGUUAUUACAGUUAAUAUCUACUAUAAAUAAGCACUCUUGUGCUUAUUACACAGCAUAAUGCAAAUUACUAGUUCUUUACUAGUAUAAUGAAAAUGACUAGUUCUAUACUAUUAUGAACUUUUAUCCUCCUCCCCAAAAAGAAAACAGUUGGAAUGGCAUUGUCUAAAUCCAGUGGCACUUUUUUUAGUAAUACAUUUUUUUUCUUAGAUAUAGGAGAACUAUUGCUUUUACCUGCAGAGACUCAAAUGUUUUCACUAAAACUUUAAAAUUGUAAGAUAUGUAGUAUUACUGAUUGUGCAUUUUGCAUUUCAAAAAUAGUAAAAAUUCAAAUGCGAAGUCAUUGACUUAAAAACCCUUGAAAAUGCAGAUAAUACCGUAACAAUUAUAACUUUUUGUUAUAUUAUUAAAAUAUAUUUGUCUGUUAACUUCAUCAGUUGUAUUCAAUAAAAGUUAACUUAACAGCUUGCA